AUGGAGCAAAUGUUCACCGGUCACUUUCUUAGUAGCCGGAGAGUUGCUAAAACAACAAGCCAUUUAAUGAGUAUGGUGCAAGGGGACCAGGAAACUCUAAAGAACUUCAUGCACCGGUUUAACACAGCAACCCUAGAAAUCCGCAACUUGGAUAUGGGGGUAGCUUUGGCCGCCUUGACAACGGCUCUCCAACCCGGAAGCUUCUUAUACUCCCUAGGGAAAAAACCACCGGUGGACAUGGGGGAGUUGAUGAUCCGAGCAGAGAAAUACAUAAACCUGGAGGAGAUGAUGGAUACGAGAGGAAAUCGCAUAGAGCGGAAAAGGGGAAACAAUAACAGAGAAUCUGGAGAUACCUAUAGAUCUGUAAAAAGGCAGGAAACUAGUGCGCUGCAAAAGGGUCAAAGGAUGAGAGGACAGCACGACAAGUUCUCCACCUACACACCCCUAAAUGUACCGUGCUCAGAGUUACUGAUGCAGAUAAAAAAGAAGGACUACGUCUCGUGGCCUGAACCUAUGCGAACGCCUCUAUAUAAGCGGAACAUGUCCAAGCUUUGCUUUAUCAAGAAAGAAAAUCCAGAAAGGGAACAACUUGAGCAAAGAAGGCAUGGCGCAAAAGAGAAGGAAGAGCAGGUAAUUGGGGAGAUUGCGGUGAUCUUCGAAGGAUCCGCCAAUGGAGGAGAUAGCGGGAGUGUACGCAAAAGAUAUGCUAAACAAGUGCUGACGAUGGAGAAGAGGGAAACCAGUAGCAAACGAAAUAGGAGAGAUGACGUCAUAACCUUUGACAGCGGAGACGAACAAGGAGUGCAGCAACCGCAUGAUGAUGCACUAGUGCUCUCCCUGCUCGUGGCCAACUACAUGGUCAGACGCAUACUGAUAGACAACGGGAGCUCGGCCAACAUCAUGUUCUGGUCGGUCUUGGUCGGGAUGAAAAUCGGCAAGGAAUGA